AUGGCUGAAGAGGUUUUAAUUGUUGGUUGCGGAGUCUUUGGGCUUAGUACAGCAGUAGAGAUGGCAAAAAGAGGGUACAAGGUCACUGCGUUAGAUGCAUACCCCGUUCCCUCUCCAUGGUCUGCUUCGGCAGAUUAUAAUAAAAUAGUUAGAACCGAGUAUGAUAAUAUGUUUUACACCGAACUAGCAUUGGAAGCUCUAGAGUCUUGGAGAACAGAUCCUGACCUCAGCAAAGUGUAUAGUGAGUGCGGUCGUAUUACUAUUACUCCUAAGCACCACAGUGGUCGUAUUGAAUUUGAAAAGAGAAGUAUAGAGAAUUUGAAGAGUCUUAGCAGAGCUUCAGACAUCAAGCAUUAUGCUAAUGUGGGCGAUUUUGCUCGAGACUUCAAGCAAUUUGGAAACAAUGGUUUCAGUGAGGAUACGAAGAUUACUUUCAACCCAGAAUGUGGCUUGGGACACGCUGCUAAAAGUCUUUUGAUCAUGAAGCAGAGAGCGGAGAUCCUAGGAGUGCAUUUCAAGUUUGGUAAGGGCUACGAAACUGUUAAUGUGGUGCAAAAAAAUGAGCGAAACUAUGUUUUAACGAAAAAUGGUUCCAUGUUCACUGCUGACAAGAUAUUAAUUUGUGCGGGUGCUGGGACAGCAAGAAUUGUCAAUCUACACAAUCAGACUAAUGCGACUGGUCUUUUCGUUGGCCACAUAAAGUUGACUGAAGAUGAAUAUGAAAAGUAUAAAGACAUUCCCAUUGUUUUCAGUGCAGAAGAUGGCUAUUAUUUUCCACCUGAUCCUGAUACUAGAAUUAUCAAGAUUGCAGCAGCCGUAGACGAGUCAUGCAACGUUGUAACAGAUCAAUUCAAGAAUCACAUUUCUUUACCACGCUACAAAACUCAUUAUCCUUAUGAUACAAUUCCCAAAACCUCGGCAAGAGAUAUUACAGCGUUCUUGGAAAAGACAUUGCCAGAUCUUGCCUACCACAAAAUCAUCAAUCCUAAGAUUUGCUGGAUAAGUGAUACAGUUGAUUCUAAUUUCCUUAUCGACAAGAUUCCGGAUUACUCCAAUGUCUUUGUUGCAACUGGUGAUUCUGGCCAUGCCUAUAAAUUCUUGCCCAAUAUUGGUAAAUAUAUAUCAGAUCGCCUAGAAGACAAAUUGGACCUGGUUUCCACAGAGAGAUGGAGCUGGAAAGAAAAUAACAGGCCAAAAUCAUUGGAUUGGAGAGUCAAGAGAAAGAAGAUUGACUUGGCACGGUCCAAUUGCGAUUUUGUAAUCGAAACUGAUGCAAGCAAACUCUAG